CUUUUUGCACACAUAAAUAGUGAUGCACAAACUAUAGACGACUCCUAUUGUAUCAUUGAUAGCUCUAUAUUUAGAUCUAUUUGACGCAUUUGAGGGGCAUUAUCGAUUUUUUGUUUUAAAAGGGGAGUGUCAACACGCACAAGAAUUAGAAUAGAUUCUAGGUCAUAAGGGGCAUAUAAUUCAAGGCACUUGAAUCUACGUGUCGAAUGCCGGUAGACCGUAGUUACUUUCUCUUCAUGUCUUAGUAUUUUAGUCGUCUUAGAAUUAACUUUGGUCCUAGAUCUAGAUUCUAGACUCUACUGUAACUAUUCAACUUUGCAUACAUAAACAGCAGAAGAUGUUGAAGGCUAUCAUACUAGUUGGAGGUCCUAUGAAAGGUACCAGAUUCAGGCCACUAUCUUUAGAGCUUCCAAAACCAUUGUUUCCUGUGGCUGGCUUCCCAAUUAUUUAUCAUCACAUUGAAGCUUGCAGUAAAGUUCCAGAAGUGCGAGAAAUAUUAGUGAUAGGCUUUUAUCAACCUAAUGAUGCCCUCAAUAAAUUCAUCAUGCAAGCACAGCUGGAGUUUCAGAUUCAGAUUAGGUAUCUCCAAGAGUACACUGCACUUGGCACAGCUGGAGGGUUGUAUCACUUCAGAGAUCAAAUCUUAACAGGCAGUCCAGAGAUGUUCUUUGUCAUGAAUGCUGAUGUCUGCGGCGACUUCCCUUUGGUGGAAAUGUUGAGGUUCCAAAGAGAGCAUGGUCCAGAGGCUUAUGGUACAAUCCUCGGCACAGAGGCAACUAGACAGCAAUCUUUGUUGUAUGGCUGUAUGGUAGAGAACAAAGAUACACACGAGAUCUUGCACUAUGCAGAGAAACCUGAAACCUUUGUCAGUACGACAAUCAACUGUGGGAUAUACUUGUUCACCCCGAACAUCUUCAAAAUAUUAGAAGUGACAUUUAAAAAGAACUUGGAAGACAAUUACAACUAUUGUGAUAUGAAUACAAGAUACUCAGGUUUUGACUAUCUGACCCCUAGCAAGGAAGUCAUCAGGCUAGAACAAGACAUCUUCAUUCCAAUGGCAGGGUCUGGCACCUUGUUUGUUUACUCUACUAGCAGAUUCUGGAGCCAGAUCAAGUCUGCUGGGGCUGCUGUUUAUGCCAACAGACACUAUUUGGCAAUCUAUAGAGACAAACAUCCAGAGCGCCUGGCUAAGAAUGGAGAGGGCUUGCCCAAGAUCAUAGGAGAUGUCUUCAUUCACCCGACUGCCAUCGUGCAUCCAACAGCUGUGCUUGGUCCAAAUGUCACCAUUGGUAAAGGUGUCACUGUUGGGGAAGGUGUCAGAGUAAGGGAGACAAUCAUCCUAGAAGGCGCCACUCUUCAGGCACACUGCUGCAUCCUGCACAGCAUUGUGGGCUGGCAUAGCACUGUUGGUGUGUGGACAAGAAUAGAGGGGACCCCUAAUGACCCCAACCCAAACAAACCUUUUGCCAAGCUAGAGAUCCCUUGCAUGUUCUCUGAUGAUGGCAAAUUGAACCCCUCUAUUACUGUAAUAGGUUCGAAUGUUCAAGUUCCUCCUGAGGUCAUCAUUCUCAACUCUAUUGUUCUACCACAUAAAGAUCUUAACGGCUGCUACAAGAAUCAAAUCAUUUUAUAAAGUUUUGUCAAACUUACUUUCAUGGAUUCAUCAUUAACUCCCAGAUUCAUUCAUCUUUACAUUUGUCUGUGUAUUCAUUGGUAUUUAUUUAAAAGUAUAUCUAAUAUAUACAUGUUUUUAUAUGUUUUGAAUAACACAUAUUUAUACAAAGCUGCAAUAAAACACUCACACAUUCAUACAUUUCAUUUUUAUCUUUAUUUGUAUGACAUUUUACCCUGACCUUCACAUACGUAUGGUUUUGCUUAUUAAAUUGUCUCUUAUUUCUUAUUAUUGGGAUAAUACAUUUGUUCACCCAUUUUUUCUCAUUUUAAAAUGGUUGAAAUAGUUUUUGCGAAAAGUUGUGAAAAGUUUAAAAGAUUCACUUGACUUUGAUUAAAAAACAACAAAACAAUUUAUUAUUUUAGUCAAAUUAUUAUUUGUUAAAAGGUUUGAUAAGGUUAAAUGCAAAGCCUGUCUAAUAAAAUGACAUCUUAAUUUUGUUUUUCUUUUCUAAUAUUUUAUUUUGGUUGCACAUUUAUAAUUGUAUAUUAUUGGGUGAACACUUUUUGACAUUUUCAUUUGGUUCAAUUUCAUUUUCUAUGUUUAUUGUUUUGGAUGUCAUAGAGUUUUUUUUUUCUGUUCAAUAUCUCUGCAGUGAGAAUACUUAAGUGUACAUUAUACAUUUGUUGAUGAUUGAAUUUUGCUUACUUACUGCUAGUUAGUUAUUGCUCAGUUUUUCUCAUUUCUUUUAAGCUGCCUGAAUAUUUUACAAUAACUUUGAUCUAAAUUUAAAAUGACAGUUUACAAGAUUUACAGUUCAUGUAAUUGUGUAAUUUUAUUGAUUUGAUCUGGAAGAACUUUUACAAUAUGACACAUUUGAAGAGGAAAGGAGAGAGUGAACAUAAGAGGGUAGCAAGAAAUGUUUCAUUGAAAAUGUACAACAGCCAUUUUGAAGUGACCUUAUGCUUAAAUACCUACAAUGUUUUCUCUUUCAGUGAUGUUGAAAACAUAAUAACUCAAGUAAUAAUAUAUAUUUUUUCUGUUCCUGGUUAGUCCCAUUGGUUCACAUUUCGCAUGGCUCAGGCAAAACUUUUGACUCCUGGUGCCCUAACUGCAGUGAGGAAGAGGAAACUGUGUCCCAUGUUCUUUUUGAGUACCAAAGACUAGCUGAUCUCCAUCAGGCCUGGGAAGCCACAAGUUUUCGACCUUAUGGAGGCAUACAAGCACUG